UUUUGUUUGACAUGGAAAGUAGUUUCAAUCAAAAAAGAUUCGAUUUUUAUUUGACUAGAAACUUUCCAUAAGCCGCCAAAAUUGUGAAUUUUUAUUUGAAAGCAUGGCAUAAUCUUGUUUGUUUCUCAAAUCAGCCACACUUUCACAUCACUGAAUAAAACAGUAUAUUUUCCUGUCCUUUUCGAGCUAUGCGAUCCAUUCUUGAAAUUUCAUUUUAAAGAUCUACAGCCACCCGUUUAGCAAGAGCUUGCGGCGGCCCUACGGCGGAGGAAAAACUCGUUUGAAAUUCUUUUUCUGCAUCUCUCUCGCACUCUGAGUACACAAGCUUGCCCUUUUUUCCGUUUCAAAUAUUCUGGGCCACCAGGUGCUUGAGAAAUGGCGCCUGAGAAGACAGACUCGUCGGAGUAUUUUUUUGAGUAUGACGGGAACACGGAGGCGGCGGAGGACGGCAUUGAGGAGGAAGAAGAGGAUGAUGACGUCAUGACGGUGGGCUCGGCCAACGAUGAAGUCGGAGGAGUUUCACGCACUGGCUCUAUGGCUUCUCAACAAUGGCCUCAGAGUUUUAGAGAAACGACCGAUUUCUAUUCAAUAGCUGCCUCGCCAAACUUUGGGACGCUUUUUCGUUCAUCAGUUGGUUCUUCGGCAAUGAUCAACCAAAAUGACUUGAAUGACCGAAUGCCCUUGAUUGCUGAUCACAAGAGAGGGUAUCGUGAAGAACACUUUGAGAGGUUAAAAACACCAUCUUUACUGUCCGUUAGUUCUUCUAUGCCGACAGGAGAGUUUCCUCUUAGCCACGAAUGUAGUUUUGUUCAGACCAUAUUCAAUGGUGUUAAUGUUAUGGCCGGUGUUGGGCUGUUGUCCACACCGUACACCGUGAGAGAAGGCGGGUGGGCCAGCUUACUUGUUCUUGUUCUAUUUGCUUUUAUCUGCUGUUAUACAGCUACUCUUAUGAAGCAAUGCUUCGAGAGCACGGACAGUAUACUUACUUUUCCUGAUAUGGGAGAAGCUGCUUUUGGGAAAUGGGGCCGUAUUCUUAUAUCAAUCAUAUUGUAUUCGGAACUAUACACAUCUUGCGUAGAAUUUAUCAUCUUGGAAGGUGAUAAUCUGACUCGAAUAUUUCCAGGAGCAUCUUUAACUGUAUUCGGCUACCAUCUCGAUUCCGUUCAUCUAUUCGCAAUUAUCGCCACUCUCCAAGCGGAGUCCUUGCAACAAUCGUGUUUUCUUAUAUGUGUUGGGCUUUAUGGUGGGGCGGCAAUCAUGGGAUUUCUCAUGUUUGGUCAAAGCACAGAGUCACAAAUUACUCUGAAUCUACCGCCACAUACUGUCGGUUCGAAAGUUGCAUUAUGGACAACAGUGACUGUAAAUAAGUAUGCCCUGCUAAUGAAUCCACUUGCGAGAAGCAUGGAGGAGCUUCUGCCUCAAAGAUGGUCCAAUAGCGACUGGUCUUUUGUUCUUAUAAGGAUAGCGCUCGUCAUUUCUUCUCUUUUUGUCGCAUUUGUAAUUCCCUUUUUCGGAACUGUCAUGUCUCUAAUCGGUUCUCUUUUCAGUGUUCUUAUGGCUGUAAUAAUGCCAGCAUUAUGCUUCUUGAGAAUUUUGGGAAAGAGUGCCACGUCAACACAGGUUGUGUUGAGUACUAUAAUCGUUGUGUUGGGUGCAAUAAGUGCAGUUUUGGGGACUUACAACUCGUUCGCAGAACUUGCCAAGCAGUACUGAUAUACAAACGUGAAAAUUUCGACUCGAGUUUAGUUUUUGCAAGAAAUUUUUUUUUUUUUCUGUUUCUUUUUACUCAGUUUUCAGCCUUUCGACAGAGCCUCAAAGGCUAGUAACUUGUGUAGUUGCUUGGAUUUUGUACCAUAUACAACAUGUUAAAAAACAUUUUUUUGUUGAUGAUCAAAUUUAGUUCUAGUUUGAUUUUA